AAAAAAAAUAAAAUAAAAUAAAAAUAAAGGUUAAAUAUUAUAAUGAUAUUCCUGAUUGGUUGAUAUAACAUUUAAAAUAGCAUUUUAUUUCAUUUCUUUUCCCUUCAAGAUAUAUUAAAAUGUUGAAUCAAGUCAUUGUUCCUGCUAAUAUAUUCCACUUGAUUCUAUCCCAUGCUUAUUCAACUGAAAAUGAGGAGAUUAUUGGCAUGUUAAUUGGUCAUUGGGAGACAAUAACUAGUAAUAACCCAUAUAUUGGAACCAAGUCAGUUGCUCGUGUGAAAUAUAUCUCAUAUUUGACUCGGUCGGAUAAACGUAAAGAUAGAGUAGAGAUAGCACCUGAAAAUCUACAUUUAGCAGCAUUACAAGCAGAAGAGUUUGGGAAGCAAAUAGGUACACCAAUGAUGGUCAUUGGUUGGUAUCAUAGUCAUCCGCAUAUAACAGUAUUUCCCUCCCAUGUUGACAUUAAGACACAAUUAUCACAACAACUAAUGGAUGAUAGAUUCUUUGGUAUUAUUGUAUCCUGCUUUGAUUCAAAUAAUGAAAACACUGAAAAGAUUCAAAUUACUUGCUUUCAAUCAAUAUUGGAUCAGGAAACAAAUACAGCAAUAAAAGUAAAUGUACCAUUAAUUAUUGAACCUUCAACGGUAACAAAAGAGUAUGAUCCUACUAGUGUUAUUCAAGAAUUACAUUUGAAAUUAUCAGAGCAUAUGUAUGAAGAACAAAAAAGAGAAUAUAUUCUAUCAAAUAACUGUGUCCAAUAUGAUUUAAGAAAGAUGAAUAAAUCAGAUAAAGACGAUAGUUUACCUGAUAUGAUGACUCAAUUAUAUAAUACAAGUAUUUAUGGUCAAUUUAUUACAAGUUUAAUAGAUAAUAUGAUUAUUCCUACAACUCAUAUAUUAGACUUAAAGUCAAUAGAAUUAGAUAAAGAGAUUGAAGAAUUAGAGAAAUAUAAAAGACACUUAUUGUCGUCAAAUUCUAAUACUACAGCAUUGUCUAUACCAAAUAAUAAUACGAAAUCACGUUCUAUUGAAGACUAUUUAAUUCAAUUAUAAUAUAUCAUUUUUUUUUUUAAAAAAAAUCAUUCUCUU